UAGCGCUGCUCCUGUAUCGUAUAUAGCAACUCAGUGAAACUGCACGGAGCCGCAGUGCUCAGUCGGCGACGUCGCGACGGUCUGUUGAGCCCCAGCCAUGGCCAGGAUGGCACGGCCGAUGCUUGCGUCGCCUCAUCCUCUCCUUUUGGUGCUGGUAAUUUUAACAAUGGUUGCAGCUAUCCCCAACGCCGUUAUGGCCAUCGAUCUCAGCCGCCUUUACGGCCACAUCAGUUCUAAACGAGGUGACGCUUGCCACCCCUACGAGCCCUUCAAAUGUCCUGGAGACGGAAACUGCAUAUCGAUUCAAUAUCUCUGCGACGGGGCACCAGAUUGUCCUGAUGGAUACGACGAGGAUUCCAGAUUAUGUACAGCUGCUAAAAGACCUCCCGUUGAAGAAACCGGAAGUUUCCUGAAAUCUUUAUUAGCAAGUCAUGGGCCUAACUACUUGGAAAAACUAUUUGGCAGUAAGGCAAGAGAUGCAUUGAAACCAUUGGGAGGAGUUGACAAAGUUGCUAUUGCUUUAUCAGAAUCCCAAACCAUUGAAGAUUUCGGAGCGGCACUUCACCUGAUGCGGUCUGACCUGGAACACUUACGUUCGGUAUUUAUGGCCGUCGAAAAUGGAGACUUGGGAAUGCUUAAAUCUCUCGGUAUUAAGGAUUCCGAGUUGGGAGACGUAAAGUUUUUCCUGGAGAAGUUGGUUAAUACGGGAUUUUUAGAUUGAGGUUGGCUUGACCCUGCUGCUGAAAUAGUUUACGCCCACCCACAGCCACAUUUGCCAUUGAGCAAACAUUUCUACUCCUACCUCCCCUAAAUCAAAUGUCUGUUUAAAACAUUUGCCUGACGAACUUAGAUUGAAUUCAACGAUGUGUUAAAAAAAAAACUUGAUCUAAGAACUUCAGACAAUUAUUAAGAUCAUUCUUUUCGUGUGGUGACCAACAAGUUGGAGAUCAAUAACAGACAUCAACCUACAAAUCCCAGUUAUUAAUAAUAAUACGUACAUAAAGCCAUAUUAUAUUUUAUCAGUAGUUUUAACUUUAUCUUAUAAAAUGAAAUAGGGUGAGGAAAUAGAAUUAAAACUAGACACUUAUUUUAUUCUGCUUUGGUGCAACAACCACCUUGGUCACCUUUUCAAAUCAUCUACAUCAGCAGCAGUGUCGGUUUUAGAUUUCCGUCCCCCCUUUAUUUUUGUAAAAAAAUUGUCGAGGGAUGCAAAUGUAUUUUAAUUCAUUAAGUACCUAAUGUUAGAAAGCCCCUUAUAAUUGGUUUUUUGGGGUCAAUGAUUUUAAUCCAGAACUUAGCUUAGGCAGAUGUUCUUGUUCAAAAAAAGAAUAUCACUAUAGGCGCAGUUUGAAACUUAGAUUUAGGAAGACAUUUCAAACGUAUUUAAACAUAUCAAAGCCUGCAAAUGUAACAUAUAUCCAAUGUGCUAUUUGAGGCUAGAAACUAAAACAUAUCAUAUAGAAACGUAUUAUAUUGUAAUAUCCUUUUAGUAUAAAUCAUUUAUAAUAUAAAAGUGCAUUGUGAUUAGAGCACUACCUUUUAACAAAUAUUUUUGUCUUCUAUUGAUACUUUUAGAAAAAAAGUAAUUAUAACGAUAUUUUUGAAAAAGGUUUUUUAGAAUCGAACUUAGCUCUAUAACCAUAAUUAAUCUGGAUUGGAAGCUCGAUGAGCAGAGUUAGAUCAAUAGAAGACCAUAUUUUAUUAAUCAUUGUAAACAAGAGAACGUUUUGUAACUCUUGGCGCAGUCUAAUCUUUUCAUUGCACAUAUCAGAGGUUAUUAAUGAACUAGCACUGAAUUAUUAUUAUUAUAUUUAUGUAAUCUAAUUGAGAAGUUGUUUAAAACAAAAUUAGAAUGGUUGUGAUUUUUUUGCAAAUCUUUCUCGGUGCAGGACAAAAACUUACAACGAUUCUGUAUUAAAUCACCUAAAUAGCUGAAGAAAGAUGGUUUAUGUGUUGCUCCAACUCACCAGGGCCUAAGUUGGAGCUUCUACAUCGCUAUCUACCUAUGGAUUUACUUCUCUAUGUGUUAUAUUGUGAUCGAUGUGAAUAUGAUGUUGGUAACCCAUGUCUUUCGUCUAGAUAACGACCUGACACUUACUAUCAUACGACGAAUUACAUGAGCCACAUCAUUUUUAAAUAAAACAAAGCACAAUCAUAUGAUGUACCGCACGCAAAACUAUAUCUAGAUUUUUAGUCAUGACAUAAAAUAUACUUACAUUUAUCUUUAUCAAAGUAUUACUUCUACAUGUAUUUCUAUUUCUAUUUAGAAUGUUAUACUACGGCUGAUUAAAAAUAUUGUUUUUUAUAUAAUAUGACACACUACAAGGUGUCGGAAAUUUCCCAAAACAAUUCAAUGGAGGCUUCAGGUAUUCCUUGAAGUGCAUUAAGAAUUUUUGCUAAGGCAUAACAAGCAAAUGCCAUUUAAUCAUCAAAUACAGGUAAAAAAAUGAACGUCAAUUUAUAAUAUUAAUUUAAGUGUAUGAAAUUAUUGGUCGAUUUUUAUUACUCUUCGCUGCUAUGCAAUUUAUAAUAAUAAAAAAAAAAUAUUGUGGAGACUUUUUGACGAAUAGAUAUAAAGAUAUAUAAAAAAAUAUAUAUUUUUUCAACUAACCUAUACAAUCGGCAUGACAUACUUAGGUAUCUUAAGAACAUUAUUCCGAGCCCGAAAUCCUAUAAAAAAACUGAGCAGUUCUUGUUUGAAUCCAAAGGCUAUAGUUUUCCUUAAUUGUACCUACCUGUUAUUUUUUAGCAAAAUCUUUAUUGCAUGUUUCAUGUUAGGUAUUUAGUACAUUGCUUGAUAUUGUUUAAGUCUAAUAGGAAAGAUUGAAAUUUUAUUUUAGGUUUCUUAGAGCUAUUUUUUAUUUAUAGCACAUGAACGCAUCUACACCGAUUUAUUAACUUUGACAAUGGCUCUGAGGCAAGGUAUACGUCAAGAUAACGACCUGACAUUUACCACCUUUCGGACGAAUUACUUGCCUUCUACGCCAUCUGCAUUGAGUGAACAAAUCACAAAUUUAAUGAAAACUGAUUGUUUUCACGAAGUUUGCGGGUUUUUAGGUGAAAAUGAACUGAAACAAACGAUUCAAAUUUAAAUUCAUUAAUUCUGUAUUCCUAAUUCCUAAUAGGCUUAAACGAACCUUUAUUGAUUUUUAAAACAUGUUAUUUAGUAUUUAGUUUGGAUGCGAAUCAAAUUUCACCAUUAUUUUUCAAUGUAUGCGGUAUUGUAUUAUGUAUACAAUACAUGUCAUAGUUUUGUCACACAUUGUAAGUACUGAUAUGAUGUACUGAUAUAAACGUACCGGUCAUUACAAGUAGAAAGCAGCUAAGUACCACUCUGCAGAUCAACUCUUACAGGAAAUUUAAAUCUUGCUUGCACAAGAAGGAUCCUCAUUGGAGUUUGCAAUAUAUCUAAGAUUUGGAACUUAAAUCUAGCUUUCACUUUAACUGUACCAAUUUCUGAUAAAGUGAAUUUUCUUAAUAAACACAUAAUACGUAAUAA